GGCGCCGACAGCAGUCAAACAUAUCUUAACAUCUCUCGAUGUCAGAAAAUUAUUAAUCCGUAAGAAAAAAAAAAAAUAAAAAAAGUAAAAAUGAAGUUCGCUUUGGUUCUCUUGGCCUUAGGGGCUUUAGUUAGUGCUGAAGAAGACAAAACCAUGGAAACAGCGAUUAAUUUCAUCAAGGACUGCCAGGGGGAUUACUUCUUAUGUGUUAAGGAGAAAUUGCUGAAAAUUGUCGAUAAUGUGAGGGCGUCUAGAAGCAUUGCUAUUGCUGAGGGUGUAGUGCUCAAAGGAGAACCUGGCCAAAGAGCUGGUAAACAAUUGGAACCACUACCCAUCGACCCCAUUGCGAGAGACACCGAAGUGAACUAUAGAUUACUGGACGGCGUUGUAAACCUAUUCGAAACACAUUCCCUCGAAGUUAAAAUGAACGAAGCCGAGAAGGAAUCUUUCCAACGCUCAUUAGAAGAAGGUCGCGGCAAGAAAAAGGGUCGUGGUAAGAAGAAGGGUGGCGGUGGAAUGGGAAUCAUCGGACUACUCGGAGCUAAAUUGUUGCUUGGAAAGAUGUUCAUUGUGAAGCUGAUAGCUCUGAAGGCGCUCGCGACCGCUAAAAUCGCCCUGGUCCUCGCUGUUGUACUCUUUGUCGCAUAUUGCUUCAAGCAAGACCACACCAAGACGACCUACGAAGUGGUACCCCACGCCCACCACCACGAGUCCCACCAUCCAGUCCAUGUCGAGCACAUUGCCCACGAUCUCGGCCACGGCCACGGCUACUCAGGCUACGGGGCUGACUGGAACAAGAACAUCGACGAAGCCCAGAACCUGGCCUACUCAGCGUACUCACCACACUAAUUAAUCAAAAUCUAGACCAAAUGUAGUAGUACCAAUAGCAUCCAUUGUACAAAGACUUAUUUAUUUAAUUUAUUGUUAUUAACUUAUUACUGUAU